AUGUCACAUGUUGGAACCGUCAAUCCUAAUCCUCGAGCAAUGCACUUCGGGUACAUCGUAGCACAGAAUUCAGCUGUACAGACAACAUUAGCUGGUCGAUUGACAAAAGACCGUCUCACACUAUCGCCACCCACGUCACAACCCAUUCAUCAUCAAGUACAAGUGGGUAAAGUCACAUUACGUCUUACUGAUCUAGGUGGACAUAUACAAGCACGACGCCUGUGGAAAGACUAUUAUUUUAGUUCAAGUUCAUUCAUAUUCAUCGUUGAUGUGACUGAUCGCAAACGUUUCUGUGAGGCACGAUAUGAAUUAUUGAAUUUGUUAGAUGACGAUGAUAUGAGUCAAGUGCCCAUGCUGAUCUUGGGAAAUAAAACUGAUGGUCCGAAUGCAUGUAGUUACACUGAACUUGUACAAGCACUGGGAAUCGAACGAUAUUUAUGUGAUGGAUCAAAUCGAAAACUGAAAUUAUGCAUGUGUAGCAUUACUGAACAGCAAGGGUACGGUGAAGGAAUUCGCUGGCUUAUCCAGCAGCAACAGUAA